AUGCUGUGUAUGGACCCGUACUACCGCACGGUGCGUGGACUGCUGCUCUUGAUCCAGAAGGAGUUCUGCUCUUUCGGACACCGCUUCCGAACCCGGCUGGCCAAUGGAGAGAAGCCCACCAGCGAGUACAGCCCUGUCUUCCUCCAGUGGCUUGAAUGCGUCUAUCAGCUGCUCGUACAGUUUCCUACCGCCUUCGAGUUCACCUCCGACCUCCUGCUCUUUCUCGCGCGAGAAGUCUUGACGAACCGAUAUGGAACUUUCCUGACGGAUUGCGAAAGGGAGCGCACGGAGCAGGUCCAGCCGCACACAUUGUCGGUUUGGACGGCCAUCCUGGAUUCAGGACCAGCGGUUGAGUACAUCAACGACAG